GGCUCUCUCUCUAAUAAAUCUUAAAAAAAAAAAUGUUAGUUCUAAAGUUAUUUACAUUAAUAUUGGCUUUUAAACGAUUUUUAUUUUCAUAUGCCAGCUACUUAAUCUUCUAUAAUGCCUUUUUUCCCUUUAAAUUUAGGGUUUCUCCACCUGGUGGUGAUUUUUCUGAUCCAGUUACAUCUGCUACUCUUGGUAUUGUUCAGGUGUUCUGGGGCUUAGAUAAGAAACUAGCUCAACGUAAGCAUUUCCCCUCUGUCAACUGGCUGAUCAGCUAUAGCAAGUACAUGCGUGCCUUGGAUGAGUACUAUGACAAACACUUCACAGAAUUUGUUCCUCUGAGGACCAAAGCUAAAGAGAUUCUGCAGGAAGAAGAAGACCUGGCAGAAAUUGUACAACUUGUGGGAAAG